CCAGAAGUGAAUGGUAAGUGGGGAGCCUGGAGGGACACUGUCUGAAAAAUGGCCAGUGGGCUUGUAAUACUAGGGUUAUAUCCUUGGUCCAUUAUAUAUUUCGAAUGCCUUUUUCUCCUUUUGCUAAGAGGUAUCUUUACCUGGAAAUGCACCCCUGAUGGGUGGAAUUAUGGAGGCAUGCAGGUAAAAUUAAGGAGUCAGGAGACCACGACUCUAGACUGGGCUCUUUGAAGAAUCAGCUGACUCUAGAACAGGUCUGUGUUUCUGUUUCCUCAUCUUUCAGAUGAGAAUAAUGAUUUCUGCCCUGAUGUCUUGCAGUAUUGAAAUGCUCUAUUUCUGUGGCUUAUUUGCCACUUUUAAGAAGUUCCUAAUAAUGAGGAGUCCAGUGGAUAUGAAGGUGGGAAACUAGGAAGGAUGUGCUUUCACCCCAGGAUGUGCAGUUCUCUCUCUUUGUUAGUCAUCUUCAACUGGCUUCAGUUCAACUUGGUACAAGAAGCUCUCAGGCAUGGAGAGGCCGGCGGCUUGGGAGCUGCAGGGCGCCGACGCGCUGCGCCGCUUCCAGGGGCUGCUGCUGGACCGCCGCGGCCGGCUGCACGGCCAGGUGCUGCGCCUGCGCGAGGUGGCCCGACGCCUCGAGCGCCUCCGCCGGCGCUCCCUGGCGGCCAACGUGGCGGGCAGCUCCCUGAGCGCCGCGGGGGCCGUCACCGCCAUCGUGGGGCUCUCGCUGAGCCCGGUCACCCUGGGGGUCUCGCUUCUGGCCUCGGCCGUGGGGCUGGGGAUGGCCACCGCCGGAGGGGCCGUCACCAUCACGUCCGACCUCUCCCUGAUCUUCUGCAACUCCCGGGAGCUGCGGAGGGUGCAGGAGAUCGCGGCCACCUGCCAGGACCAGAUGCGCGAGAUCCUGAGCUGCCUCGAGUUCUUCUGCCGCUGGCAGGGCCGCGGGGACCGCCAGCUGCUGCAGUGCGGGAGGAACGCCUCCAUCGCCCUGUACAACUCUGUCUACUUCAUCGUCUUCUUCGGCUCACGUGGCUUCCUCAUCCCCAGGCGGGCCGAGGGGGCCACCAAAGUUAGCCAGGCCGUGCUGAGGGCCAAGAUUCAGAAACUGGCAGAGAGCCUGGAGUCCUGCACCGGGGCUCUGGACGAACUCAGUGAGCAGCUGGAGUCCAGCGUCCAGCUCUGCACGAAGAGCAGCCGUGGCCACGACCUCAUCUCUGCUGACCAGCCCGCACGGUUGUUUUUCUGAGAACAUCCUUUCCCCCUUAUGACCGAGGUCAAAAACAUCCCCAUGGGAUGCUCCAAAUUUGUAGCUCCCUCAGGAAAACACCAAGUUGGGUUAGGAGCUGAGUGCAAAGGAUGAGAAAAACUGUUGCUGAAGCGGGGGUCCUCCCAGCCCUUCAUUCCCCAUCACUGUGACGUCCUCCCUGGGGUUGACUGCCAGGGACUUUUUACUUGUCUGAUCCUAGUGGGAUAUGUGGCCUGAAAAUGAUUUUUCCUUCGUCAAAACCAUUCAGUCUUCAUACAGCUGGGAAUUCCUGUUUUGAAGUUGUUGUUGGGGGUGGGGGGGUCCCUGUGCCUGUGCCAGGGGUCCGAGUGGAGGCUGGAGAGGGUACAGACACGGCCACCCUCUGGGCCUCUCCAAGCCCCACUAGGCUUUGAGUUCCUCAAAAUGCCUGUGAGAGGAGACACUAGCUGUAAAACCUCUCUUCCAGAGUUUCUGAGUAAAAGAAUUCCAGAAUCCAGAGCAAACAGACCCCCUCUGAUCUUGGAGGAGGGUUCAAGACCCAAGAGAGGCCCCUCCAGAUGACAUGCCAGUCCCCUCACCUCUCAGCUUGCCUGCAGAUCCAGCCUGGGGAUGGAGCAGACCUUCCUGGGUGGCUUCAUAUCCAGACCUCCAGGGCCUCUGAGAGGGAAAACAGCUAACUGGUCAUAUAAACCCCACCGCCUUGCAGCAAGAUGAGGCCAAGGAAGAUGAAGUGAAGAACAGCUUCAUUUACUAACAUCACAGAGCGGGGAAGAGAGCAAUGGCUUUUGAGUUAGACAGUCCUGGGUUUAUUACAGCUGCUGUCACUACUGUGGGACCUUGAGGUAUUCACUGAGAUAAAGCACCUAGAACAGUGUCUGGCUCACAGAGUGGCCCCUGGACUGGCAACAUUAGCAUCACCUGGGAAUUGUUAGAAAAGCAAAUUCUUGGACUCAACCCCUGACUCUUUGUAAUCAGAAACUCUGGAGGUGGGGCCCAGCAAUCUGUGUUUAAACAAGCCUUUCCGGUGGUUCUGAUGCCUACCAAGGUUUGAAAACCACUGCAACAGGUGUUAGUUUCUAUCCCCUUGAUGAGCUUUCAUGAAGUCUCAUGGCCUCUCUAGGGGCUCCCUGGUCUUCAGAGUCAUUCACGGAAGGUUAAGGACAGACUGCGUCCCAGAAGUAAGAGAAAGAAUGUGUGUGCGCUCCAGUCCGUGCAUCCUGGGCAUUUCCCACCAUGUAAACUAAGGGAUGUAAUGGAAUCAACCCUGUAGAGGGCAGUGUUGCCCACUCAUUGUAGAAACUGGUACAGAAAGGAAUGCGAACUUAACCUGAAAUUGACCUGUGUUACUUUCUCUGAAAACUGCCAGACCAUGUAUUUUUUAAUUUAUUUUGUUUGUUAUUUAAUUAAUGUUUAUUAUUUGCAUUUAAUUUUAUUUAAUCACCACAUUUAGGAAAUAAUAGGACUAGCAAGUUUCUGAAUGGGAGACUACUGAGGCUCUUUUCAGGAACUGAGGUUGAGUUUGACUUUCGGAGGCGGGGCGUGGGCUGGAGAUUGCAAAACUCUCCUGGAAUGUCUCUCUCCUUCCCACAUUAGGUAAAGGUGGGAAGUUUUGAAUAGAGAGCCCUGGAGCGGAGUUUAAGCCUAUAAAUGGAGGCUUGACUGGGGAAUGUAGAAGUGAUGCAAGUGUAUUUAUCCUGAAGGUACUUUGCCAGCAGAUAACACUUGACCUGAGAAAAGGACCUAUUUAGUUCAGGAGAAAAAACCCAGUUAGAGGCAUGUGAAGGAAACACUUAGACCUCGGAAGCCUGAUGUCCUGUGAAGUUCUGUCUUAUGGAUGAUAGACAAAAUAACUUGUGUUCCAGUGGUGAUGUGCCAUCUUUGCAUUUUGGGAUCUGUGAGAAAUCUGUAAGCUGUCUCUAAAAAAAUACUUACAAUUUCUUCAAUUUCCAUCCCUACAAUUGUAAUGUUGAAAAAUAUGUUGAAAAGUCUUUGGGACCACACACACACAAACUUGGCUGUAUUGGUUAAUUAUGGAAUAGGUUUUAAAUUGACCCAGUCUACCCGCCUGCUUCACAAUGAUGGCAGUGUGUCUGAGGGAGUAUAGUUUCGGUGCUAUGGGGAGGAGUUGGUGUUUCUCUAUUUUUAUAUUUCCUGUAAAUUGCAAUCAAUCUGUAUCCUGGUUUAUUUUGAAAUUGGUACUGGUUUCUUUUUAAACUGGUGUCAUUUCCUAGACUACCUUGCACAGAUGCUAGCAUUUUAGAUCACCAGAAUGUACUUCACAUUGUUGUUUAUGUUGUAAAGGUACAACCACUCCCUAACUCAUCUUUUAUUAAGGCUUAAGUUUGAAUUAUUUUCUUCCAAUGCCUGAGCUGUUCCCUAGAAAUAAACUGGGCACUUUUGGAGGCAGCAGAAUAAACAUUUCCUAUCCUUGGGGUAUUUUGAGUAUUUCAAAGUCCUAAACUUCUGAAGUUAUCAUUUCAGUGGCCCACUUUACAUCUAAGGAACGGUGUCUACUUUGGAACAAUACUUUGCACAUAAUAGGAGCUCAAUAAAUGUAUUUGAAUAAUGUAAUAAACUGUUUAGCUAUAUUAGUAGGAAUCUGUUGAGGAUGAAAGAUCAUCCUGUUAUGUGUCUCAUAAAGAUUGGAGCCUCUACCAGGAUUUAGUCAAGUGCAGUUAAAUGGAUCCUAAAGACAAAUAUUUCUUUCUUUCUUUUGUGGGAAUGUGAAUAAGGCUUUUCCUUAAGGCCUUCAUUCUAUAAACAAACAGACUGAAAUGGUAUGUUGUAAAGGGGAGAGGGAGAGAGGUAUUUAGUUUACAAGAGUACUUCAGAAAAAUGUCCGAGUUUGAAAAAUAAAUAUGUUUGUACUGAAA